AUGGCGAUGCAAUUGGACCUCUCGCAGGCUCAAAUAGCCAAAGAUGAGAGCGGACGACCUUUUAUCAUCGUUCGAGAUCAAGGAAAGAAGAAACGAGCGCACGGCACAGAUGCCGUCAAGCAGCACAUUGUUGCAGCCCGCACGGUCGCCAACAUCGUCCGAACGUCCUUGGGUCCUCGAGGCCUCGAUAAGAUCCUCAUAUCUCCAGACGGAGAUAUCCAAAUUUCCAAUGAUGGCCGCACAAUCAUGUCCGAGAUGGAGUUGACACAUCCUAUCGCCAAACUGAUGGUGGAACUCUCAAAAUCACAGGACGAAGAGAUUGGUGAUGGUACUACGGGUGUAGUCGUCUUGGCCGCCGCUCUGCUGGACCAAGCCGCUGAUCUGAUCGACAAGGGCAUCCAUCCCAUACGAAUCGCUGAUGGCUUCGACCAGGCAUGCGAGGUUGCUGUGGCACAUCUGGACCAGAUCAGCGACGAGAUCACCUUCACUCGCGAAAAGCAGGAGAAUCUAAUGAAGGUUGCAAAGACGAGCCUUGGAAGUAAAAUUGUCAGCAAGGCGCAUGACCAGUUUGCGAAGAUUGCUGUCGACGCUGUCAUGUCAGUUGCUGACCUGGAACGCAAAGACGUUGACUUUGAGCUGAUCAAGGUCGAUGGCAAGGCUGGGGGCUCGAUCGAGGACUCACUGCUCGUCAAAGGCGUCAUUGUGGAUAAGGACUUCUCUCACCCACAGAUGCCCAGUGAGGUGAGAGACGCGAAACUAGCCAUCCUCACGUGCGCCUUUGAACCUCCGAAACCCAAGACGAAACAUAAACUCGAUAUCUCCACCGUCGCAGAGUUCCAGAAAUUGCAGCAGUACGAGAGGAACAAGUUCAUCGAGAUGAUCGAGAUGAUCAAAGCUACGGGGGCUAAUCUUGUCAUCUGUCAAUGGGGUUUUGAUGAUGAAGCAAACCAUCUGCUACUUCAGAAUAAGUUACCGGCUGUACGAUGGGUGGGCGGCCCCGAGAUCGAGCUGAUCGCCAUCGCGACAAACGGCAGAAUCGUGCCUCGCUUUGAAGACCUCAGUGCAGAGAAACUCGGCAAGGCUGGCGUAGUCAGAGAGAUGGCAUUCGGCACGACGCGCGAGAAGAUGCUUGUCAUAGAGGAAUGCGCGAACACCCGGGCUGUCACAGUUUUCGUCAGGGGCAGCAACAAGAUGAUCAUUGAUGAGGCGAAGAGAUCUCUCCACGACGCUCUCUGUGUCGUACGGAACCUAGUUAGGGACAACAGAGUAGUCUACGGUGGCGGAGCUGCCGAGAUCGCGUGUUCAAUAGCAGUCGAGGAUGCUGCAUCGAAGUCCCCGGGCUUGGAGCAAUAUGCUAUGCGGGCCUUCGCUGACGCUCUUGAUGCAAUCCCGAUGGCCCUUGCAGAGAACUCUGGCUUGAGUCCGAUCGAGACCCUGGCCGAAGUCAAGUCACGGCAGAUCAGAGAACACAACUCCAGGCUAGGUGUCGACUGCAUGCAAACCGGCAACAACGAUAUGCGCGAAAACUUCGUGAUCGAUCCGCUGAUUGGGAAGCGCCAACAAUUGCUGCUUGCAACUCAGUUGUGCCGGAUGGUAUUGAAAAUCAACAAUGUGAUUGUAGCUGGAAGCGACGACAAUGACUUUUAG